AAACCCUCCCUCUACCCGCAAGUUAUCCUAUCACAUCCUGACUCCUCCACCUCCACCACUGCCUCCUCCUCCAAACUGUAUCCAGAAAUUGACAUGCAGGAUCUUGUCGAGAAUCUCUUUCCCCAUCAAGACGAUUACUACUCUCCCUCAGCCCCGCCGGCGGCCACGGAGGAGGUUCUCAUCCGAGUCCCCGGCGCUAUUCUUCACCUGAUCGACAAGUCUUACAGCCUCGAGCUCGCUUGCGGCGAUCUCACGAUCCUCCGCCUCAUUCAGGGCCAAAACAAUGUUGCGAUUCUUGUCCGAGUAGCGGAUGACAUCCAGUGGCCAUUGACGAAGGACGCCGCUGCUGUCAAGCUCGAUGGCUCUCAUUACUUCUUCUCCCUCCCUCUGCCUAAGGAAUCUGACUUGGAUUCCAGCGAUGAUGAGGAUAAGGGAAAAUACGGAAAGUCUAAGUCCAAUAUUGAGGUUAACAUGUUAAACUACGGGCUGACGAUCUUGUCGAAAGGACAGGAGCCGUUGUUGAAGGAACUGGACCGGAUCUUGGGGAGUUACUGUUUUUUCUCGGAGCAGAAGGUGUCGGAGAAGGCAAAGCGGAAGGGAGAGAAAGUGCUGGACAUCUCGGUGGUAAAGGAGACUUCACCGGCGGAAUUGAAAGAGAAGAAGGAGUUGGUGGAGGAGAGGUGCGCCGCCUACUGGACAACUCUGGCGCCCAAUGUGGAGGACUAUAGCGGGAAAAGCGCCAAGUUCAUUGCUGCGGGGUCAGGGAAACUGAUCAAGGGUAUUUUGUGGUGUGGAGAUGUGACUGUGGAUCGGUUGAACUGGGGCAAUGACGUCCUGAAGAGAAGGAUGACUCCCGCUGAAAAGCAAAAGGAGAUCAGUCCGGAGACAUUGGCGAGGAUUCAGAGGGUUAAGAAGAUGACAAAAAUGACGGAGAAAGUUGCCCAUGGUGUUCUCUGCGGAGUUGUGAAAGUUUCUGGCUUUUUCACCAGUUCAGUGGCAAAUUCAAAAGUGGGAAAGAAAUUCUUUAGUCUCCUUCCUGGGGAAAUUGUGCUCGCAUCUCUGGACGGAUUUAACAAGAUAUGUGAUGCUGUUGAAGUAGCUGGAAAGAACGUAAUGUCAACAUCUUCCACUGUGACCACGGAACUUGUUGACCACAGGUAUGGAGAGAAGGCGGCUGAAGCCACAAAUGAAGGGCUUGGUGCUGCAGGGCAUGCUAUAGGGACUGCAUGGACCGCAUUUAAGAUUAGAAAGGCACUUAACCCAAAAAGUGUUUUCAAACCUUCUUCCCUGGCCAAGUCUGCUGCUAAAGCUGCAGAUGCAGCUGCUGAGAUGAAAGCUAAGAAGGGUUCCAAGUGAAUACUAGAGGUAGGCCAGUGUUGAAAACGUGGUUGUUUUCUCCAACUGUUUAGAGAUAUAUCCGUGCAGGAAUUUUUUGAGAUAAGCCAUACAGGAACUUAAGCUGUUAGAUGUUGUAGAUAUUGUCGUCUAGUAGGUAUCCAUGUUGUUUGUAAGUUUAUCCUUAUUUUUCUUAUUCUUCAACAUCAUUGAUUUGUCUGUUUCACAGAACUAGUAUAUUUGAAUCAGCAAAUUUGUGGGCCUCUCAAAAUUGUAAUUUUAUCUAGGCUGUUGUUUUGACAUCAAAUGGAAAUGAUUACGCAUAAA